UGAAACAAACAAAAAAAGGAAGAAAAAUGGUGUUCAAGCUAUUCCUUUUCCUUGUUUUGGCUCCUAGUCUUGUACAUUCUUUGGACGCCGGCUUCAACGACGACGUUUGGGGGUUGAUCGUGUUCAAGGCCGGUCUCCAAGACCCAGAAGAGAAGCUGAUAUCUUGGAACGAAGAUGAUGAAAAUCCUUCCAAAUGGGUUGGUGUAAAAUGUGAUUCCCAAACAAACCGAGUCUCUGAGCUUUCUCUUGACGGUUUCUCUCUUUCUGGGCAUAUAGACAAAGGUCUUUUAAGGCUUCAGUUUCUUCAGAAACUCUCACUUUCGAAGAACAACUUUUCAGGUACUAUAAACCCCGAUCUUCCUCACCUUGGUGGUUUACAAGUCAUAGAUUUGAGUGAGAACAGACUUUCUGGGCAAAUCCCAGAUGAGUUUUUUCAACAAUGUGGAUCUUUAAGGGAAGUUUCCUUUGCUGGGAAUGGCCUAACUGGCCAGAUUCCUGAGUCUAUUAGCUCUUGUUUUUCUUUGACUAAGGUGAACUUUUCUUCAAAUAAGUUAUCUGGGAAAUUGCCCUCUGGGUUGUGGAAUUUGAGGGGUUUGGAGUUGCUUGACUUGUCAGAUAACUUUUUGGAGGGAGAAAUUCCUCAAGGUGUUGAGAUUUUGUACGCGUUGAAAACCAUUAGUUUUAGGAAAAACUGGUUCUCUGGGAAUCUUCCUGGGGAUAUUGGAGGUUGUUUGGAAUUGCGGUUUGUUGAUUUUAGUGAGAAUUUCUUGUCUGGCAGGCUUCCUGAGUCAAUGCAAAGACUUAGUUCAUGUUCCUCUUUGAGUUUAGGAGGGAAUUCUUUCAUAGGUGAAGUGCCGGAAUGGAUUGGAGAAUUGAUAAAUCUUGAGGUCUUAGAUCUUUCCAAGAAUAACUUUUCAGGUUGGAUUCCGGUUUCGAUUGGAAAUCUUCAGCUAUUGGAGAAGUUGAACUUGUCCAUGAAUGAGUUUAGUGGAAGCUUGCCAGAAUCAAUGUCGAACUGUACUAACUUAUUGGCCCUAGAUGUUAGCCACAAUCUGUUGGGAGGUAGUCUUCCUUCUUGGAUCUUUAAGCAGGGUUUACAAAGUGUUUCGCUUUCGGACAGUGGAAUCCCAUCAAUAAGAGCUGCUUCUGGAGGUCUUCAGGUCCUGAAUUUGUCUUCGAAUGCAUUCUCGGGUGAACUUCCGCAGGACAUUGGUGCUCUUAGUAGCUUGCGGUUCUUGAAUAUGUCCAAGAAUGAUCUCUUUGGUCCUAUCCCAAAGAGCAUAGGCGAAUUGAAAACUGCAUAUGCUGUUGACUUGAGUGACAAUCGAUUAAACGGAACCAUUCCUUCUGAAAUCGGAGGUGCGAAGUCGCUCAAGGAUUUGAGGCUACAGAAGAACUUGUUAACCGGGAAGAUUCCACCCCAGAUUGAGAAGUGCUCAGAGCUAACAUCUUUGAUCCUGUCGCAAAACAACCUGAGUGGCCCAAUUCCUGCAGCCCUUGCAAACCUUACAAAUCUCCAAUAUGUCGACUUUUCCUUUAAUGAGCUCUCUGGAAGCUUGCCAAAAGAGCUUACAAAUCUUUCCCGCCUCCUAUCUUUCAAUGUUUCUCACAACCACAUUGAAGGUGAGCUACCCGUAGGUGGUUUCUUCAACACUAUUUCUCCCUCAUCUGUUUCAGGCAAUCCAUCCCUUUGUGGCUCUGUCGUUGACCGCUCGUGCCCUAAUGUCCAUCCCAAACCAAUUGUCCUUAACCCGAAUUCCUCCAACUCUAGUGGUGGUUCUUCCUCUCCAAAUUACGGUCACAAGAAGAUCAUACUUAGCAUCUCAGCACUGAUUGCCAUUGGUGCAGCUGCAUUCAUUGUUAUCGGUGUUAUAGCUAUCACUGUUCUCAAUAUCCAUGCAAGGUCUUCCAUGUCACGUGCUGCUGCUCCUCUCACGUUCUCUGGUGGAGAAGAUCCCAGUUGUUCCCCCACCACAGAUCCUAAUUAUGGCAAGUUAGUCAUGUUUUCUGGCGAUGCUGACUUUGUUGCCGGGACCCAGGCAUUGCUCAACAAGGACUGUGAACUAGGUCGUGGUGGCUUUGGAGUUGUUUACCGAACAGUCCUUCGAGAUGGGCGUUCAGUUGCAAUCAAAAAGCUUACAGUCUCCAGUUUGAUCAAGUCCCAGGAAGAGUUUGAGAGAGAAGUGAAAACACUCGGGAAAAUCAGGCACCAUAAUCUUGUAGCACUUGAAGGGUAUUACUGGACUCCAUCCUUGCAGCUGCUCAUUUACGAGUACAUACCAAGUGGUAGUUUGUAUAAACAUCUGCACGACGGACCUGAUAGGGUUUCCCUCACUUGGAGACAGAGGUUUGGCAUAAUUCUUGGGAUGGCAAAAGGUUUGGCCCAUUUGCAUCAGAUGAACAUAAUUCACUACAACCUAAAAUCAACCAAUGUUCUGAUGGACGGCUCUUGUGAACCGAAGUUGGGAGACUUCGGCCUGGCAAGGCUGUUGCCAAUGCUAGACCGCUGCAUUUUGAGCAGCAAAAUCCAAAGUGCACUCGGCUACAUGGCCCCCGAGUUUGCAUGUCAAACGGUAAAGAUAACCGAGAAAUGCGAUGUCUACGGUUUCGGGGUCUUGCUGUUGGAGGUGGUUACUGGAAAGAGGCCCGUGGAAUACAUGGAGGACGAUGUGGUAGUGCUUUGUGACAUGGUGAGAGGAGCAUUAGAAGAAGGAAGAGUAGAAGAAUGUGUUGAUGAGAGACUUCAAGGCAUAUUCCCAGCAGAAGAGGCGAUUCCAGUGAUCAAAUUGGGUCUAAUAUGUGCAUCUCAAGUGCCCUCCAAUAGGCCAGACAUGACUGAAGUUGUCAAUAUCUUAGAGCUUAUUCAAUGCCCUUCAGAAGGCCAGGAGGAACUGGAAUGAAAUUUUUUUUUUUUUUUUUUUUUUUUUUUUUUUUUUUUUUUUAACUGUAGAGAUUUCAGAAAAAUCGUCAUAUCAAAAUGCGUACUCCGGGGAAGCGUAAUCCGGUUUGUUGUUUUCAAGCGAAAGAAAAUUAGAUAGAUUGUUGAAGGUCCACGUCUUCUUGACCUUUUGUUUGUUGUUAUAUGUAAUUUUGGCUCCUUUCUUUUA